AAAAAACUCCAAAAUAUGAAACGACAGCGUUUUUGAUUUGGAGAAACAAACGCUAAGCUACCACUACCAGUAAACAGCAGUCCAGCAGCAUUAGGCUCUUCCGCCACCCAGCUGCACUGAUCCACCGUACUCAAAUUCAAGUUCUCACCAAUGGCUUAUCGACGCUACCUCCUGCGAAGAACCAACCUCUCAAACUGCAACUUCCAUCCUUCUUUCAGCUACGUUCUCCACCACACCAUCGACGAACCCAACCAACGGCAACAAGAAAAACCGGUUCCAGCGGCAAUAACUAGUUUGAUCCAAGCGCGGUCCUUCGGGAGCUUCCUCAAUGGAACAACGGGGUUCGGUGCUUCUUCUAAACGAAGAACGAUUUUCAAUAACACGUUUUCUGGAUAUAGUUUGUGCCGAUACAUGUCUACGUUGAAUGAUGAUUCCGAUAAGAUCAAUUUCGGGAUCGACGUGGCAGAUGUGCUCGCCGAAACGACCAUUGAUACCGUAGCUUCUCAGGCUGGUUCCGUCGUCGACGAAGUUGCUAUUGCCGCCGCUGAUUCUCUUUUACCGGCGAAGAUGGUGCAGUAUGCCAUCGACUAUGUGCAUUCCUUCACUGGCAUGAACUGGUGGGCGGCCAUAGUUUUGACAACCUUCUUGGUUCGAAUCGCAACAAUUCCAUUUUUAGUAAAUCAACUUAAGGCUAAUUCCAGAUUCACUGUAUUGAGGCUUAAAGUAGAUGAAAUAAAGGCACAGAUGGAAGACAAGGCAUCGGAUCCUGCAGCUGUUGCCGAAGGUCAGAAACAAAUUGAGAAGCUAUUUAAGGAAUAUGGUGUGAGUCCAUUUCCAUCAUUGCAGGGGGUCUUUAUUCAAGCUCCUAUCUUGAUCAGUUUCUUCAUUGCAAUAUUAAACAUGGCAGAAAAAAUGCCAUCACUCAAGCAUGGUGGAGCCUACUGGUUUACUGAUCUCACAACUCCAGAUUCCUUAUACAUUUUUCCUGUUUUGACUGCAUUGUCAUUCUUGGUAAUAGUAGAGCAUAAUAUUCAAGAAGGCUCUGAUGGUACGCUUGUGGAGAGCAGUACUACCAUGAGAAAUCUCUCUAGGGCUGCUUCUGUUCUUGUAGUCCCUUUCGCCAUGGAACUUCCAAAGGCUAUAUUUUGUUUCUGGCUUACAUCAAAUUUGUUUUCAAUUAUUUAUGGACUUGUUAUUAGAGUUCCCAGCGUAAAGAAAAGCUUAGGUAUUCCUGUAAUAGUCGUUGAUUCAGCACCUGCCGAUGCUCCAGAAUCCCAGCGCUAAAACAAGCUGCAUCAGCGACAUAUUUCAAAGAUCAUUUACCGGUAGAACAUCAAAACAUUCAAAUAAAAGGGUUUUUUCUUCUGUAUCCAUCAGUCAAAGGCUUAAGAGUUAGAAGCUUAGAGAAUUAAUGCAAGAGAAAGGAAGAAAGUAAAAAACAAGCGGUGAUGAAAAUCUAUACACCAUUUUAUCAUCCUCAAGUGAGCAAAAUUUUCUUCUUCGAAGAAUGACGAUGUCUAGGAAUUUUGCCGAGGAAGUUGUAAGUUUUUUUUUUUUUUAAGGCUAAGUUAUAUCAGCUGAGACUCGAAUCCAAAAUCUCUAAACAGGGAGGGGGAUGUAUGCAAAUUUUGCUACGGCUCGUUGGCAAAGAAGUUGGAAGUUUGAACUAUAAUCAAUAUCUAUACAGAAUACACCCAAUUUUGUAAAA